CUCUCUUCCCUCCCCCCUCCUUCUUUACCUCCCUCCAUGCCUCCAUCCCACAACUUAACUCUUAACUCCCUAUAUACUGGGGGCUGUGCUUGCACAUUUUCAUCCCCCGAAUCUUAAGUUUCAUUCUUCAUUCAGCAUGUCUACCCUUUUUUCUUCUUUGAUGCAUCAUCAUCAUCAUCAUCAUCAUCCUUUUUGACAUUUGUCAUUGCAUAUUUUCUUCCAUUCUUUUUUUUUUUUUUUUUGCAUUUGACAUAACUGCUUUCUGUAGAUGGAGAUGGAGAACAGUAAAAGUUAAAGGCAUUCUAAAGACUCAUUUCGCCCUCAUUACCUAUUUUGGAUGAAAUCGUCAUUGUUUUUAGUCCAUUGUUGUCCUCACAGUGUCCUUACAUUUUUCAGGUAUGAGCUAUGUGCAUGGCAUGCUAACAUAUCAUUCCAAACCUCUUUUUAUCUGGUUGUGCCUUUGUCGAGAAGAAGAGUCCUUUUUCCUCAAUUCUUUGUCUCACAAACCCCACCUCCACAGUGAUGGAGAGCGCCACAGAGGACAAGCGUCCGGGGGGAGGAGUGAGCGCCGAGCUGAGCGCUGGAGAGACCCCCGACUCCACACACACACAGGACAAACACACAGCGAGUAACGGAGCGAUGGAGGAGGAGGAAGACGCUGCGGUAGAAAAUGGAGAGAAUAUGACAGAGGAGGGGGGCGUGGACUUGUCGUCCAUCAACACCAUGAUGUCGACGGUGAUGAGCGCAGGCCAGCUCAACGGAGCCCUGGAGCCCUCCUCAGCCCCCGCUUCCACACCCUCCACCCCCAUCGGCAAGACCACCCCACCCAGACCCCCUAGUGUCAACCGCAACGCCCGGAGGAACACGACGGAAGCCAAAGACAUCAAUACAGAUUUCAUCUGUCCCCUGUGUGACAAGGACUGUAUGACCCAGCACCAGCUCACUAUGCACAUCCGACAGCACAACUCGGACAACGGGGCGACGGACCACUCAUGCAGCAUCUGUGGCAAGGCCCUGAGCUCAGCCAGCUCGCUGGACCGCCACAUGCUAGUGCACAGCGGAGAGAGGCCCUACAAGUGCUCCUUCUGCGGACAGACUUUCACCACCAACGGCAACAUGCACAGACAUAUGAAGAUCCAUGACAAAGACCCGGCCGGCGUCGUUCCCAUCAGCCCCCCCUCGCCCACCAAGAGACGCCGCCCCUCUGCCAAGAGGAGGUCAGCCAUGGACGAGGACAAGGAGCGAGGCAAUGAACCGGCCAACAAAAAGGUGCUGGAGGAGACUGUGUUGGAGGAGUUGGGUUCAGGCCAGGGGGAUGAUGAUGUGUUGCCGUGUCCUAUCUGCUUCAACACCUUUGGCUGCAAGUACGACCUGGAAGUCCACAUGGACACACACCCCGACACCACGCUCAGGUGUGACCUGUGCUGCCUCUCCUUCCGGACCCAUCGCGGCCUUCUGCGGCACAAUGCUGGCAUCCACAAGCAGCUGCCCACAGACCACGGCGGACGGCCCUUCAUCCAGAACAACCCCUCCAUCCCCUCUGGCUUCAACGACCUGGCCUUCAUCGACUUCUCCUGCUGCAAGUUUCCUCACAUCGCCCAGGUAUGGUGUGAGACCAACCUCCGCCGGUGCACCAGCAAGUUCCACCGCUUUGUGUGUGAAGCAUGCGACAAAGGAUUCCCCCUGCACUCGGCCCUGGACCUGCACAAGAAGACCUGCACCAUGCAUCAGCAGCAGCAGCCGUCACCCACAGGGGGCGCCCAGGAGAAGCCAGCAACCCUGGCCCCUCAGCAGGCCAGCUUCCUGGAGUCCCUGGGUCUGCAGCACAUCUCCCAGGUCAAGGUUCAGCCUUCGGCGGAUGAGGUCCAGCAAGCCCAGCUGGACAGCAUCCGGGUCAUCCAGGUGGAGCCUCCGGCCUCCACCCAGCCACAGGAGGCGGAUUCUGCGGCUGCGGGUUUCCUCGGCGGCCUGGGCUUGGUGGCGGCCUCGUCCCUGGCCUCGUCCCUGCAGGGCCUGUCCCAGAGGGAAGCCCUCAGCCUGCUCUCCCUGCAGCCCUUACCCACAGGCUUCCUCUUCCACCCGGGCGGUGGUGCUUCGGUCAAGCCUGUGUUUGGCGAGUCUGGCCUGAUGGAGCUGGCUGACAUCCAGCAGAUCCUGAAGGUGACCUCGGCCGCCCCCGGUCAGAUGGGCCUCCUGCCGCCCCUGGCCAAGGCUCCCCACUGGGGAGUGUCCGGCCAGGGCCAGGCAGCCGGCUGCAAGCCCAUGCCCCCACUGAAGCCAAAGCCCAUGGUGGCACCGCGCUCCAGCCUGGCUGCCUCCACGCCUCCGCCGCUCCAGAGCACCCAGCAGGCCUCCUUGGGCUGCAUCAGCCCCAGCCUGCCCCCGCCGGCCAGCCAGCUGCUCAAGAUGCCCAGAGAAUCUUCGUCAUCUUCAUCGUCGUCGUCAUCGUCCUCCUCUUCCUCGGGCAGCCAGGCCUCCCUGGAGAAGAUGCAGAUGGAGGCGGACUGCAUGGGCGACGCCCAUGUGCCCAACGACUCGACAGAGCUGCAGAUCAAACAAGAGGAGGGCCAGGCGGCCAGGGGGAAGAAGGGGGCAGGGGGUGCCAACCGCGGGGGCGUCAAGGCCUCCUACCCCUGCCGCUUCUGCGACCAGGUGUUUGUUUACUCCGGGGUGCUGCAGGCGCACAUGCGCUUCCACCUGGGCAUCCUGCCGCACCAGUGCAACAUCUGUGACUACGUGGCGCCCGACAAGGCCACCCUUAUCCGCCACCUGCGCACACACAGCGGCGAGCGCCCCUACGUCUGCCGCGUCUGCCACUACCCUUUCACCGUCAAGGCCAACUGUGAGCGCCACCUGCGCAAGAAGCACAUGAAGAACACGAGGAAAGAGAUCGAGAAGAACAUCAAGUAUGUCUCGUCGACCACCACCCAGGAUCCCUUGGAGCAGGCUUCCGCCGGCGACACUGCCUGCCGCUUUUGUGGUGAGGAGCUAAAGACCUACCGGGCUCUCCAGAUCCACCUGCGCACCCACAACGGCUGCCAGCGCAAGCCCUUUGAGUGCCGGCGCUGCGGGGCGGCUUUCCUGGCCAAGAGGAACUGCAUCCACCACAUGCUCAAGCAGCACCCUGAGGUGCAGGAGCGGGAGAUCGAGGAGCACAUCGCCACCCUUCUCCCCGCCAUCACAGCCACCACCUCCAGGGCCAGCCCCAGCAGCCCUCUGGCUCUCAACGGCCUCACGCCCACCCCCACUGCCACCCUGCAGCCGGUCAAGGUGGAGGAUCUCAGCAUCUACUCCUCCUCUGGUGACUCGGAUCAGCCCUUGGACUUCUCCAACAAGAGCCGGGGGGUGGGUGGGACCAGCAGCGGUGCAGGGAGCCUAGCCGGUUCUCCUGGGAUCAAACUGGAGACGGUCAGCCCGGCAGCCUACGACUGCUCCAUGGAACCUAUUGACCUGUCCAUCCCCAAGAACCCUAACAAGAGGCUGAAGAGAGACGCCACCACUGUUGACCCGGUGAGCGUGGAGCGCCGAGAGAUCAAAAAGGAGCUGCCCUUCCCCAGCUUACUGGACCACCUCGCCUUAGCCCAGGCUCUUCAGCUGGACAAGAGCUAUGAGGAGAAGCUGAAGACUGCCCAGUCUGGCUCUUACCAGCUCCCCCCAGUGACCCACUCUACACUGCUCAUUAGCACCCCUACUGGCACAGGCCGGGCGCUCCGUCUCAAGCCCCUGCUGCCCAAACCGACCUCUUCUUCCUCCUCCCUGAAAGAGAUUCCUCCUCUGGCUUCCAUCGCCCAGAUCAUCUCCUCCGUCUCAACGGCUCCAGACUUGCUCAAGAGGGAGCCCACGCCGGAUAUAAAGGCUGGCGCCGGCCUCAACGGCCUCCAGACAGAACCGGAGCGUCUAGUUGGGGGCGACAACAGCUCUGAAGCCUCGAUGGAAGAGGUCCCCCUAGAAGGAUCAUCCAGAAAGCGCACUAGGAAGAAGCCAGUGAGCCAGGACAAGACUAUGGCACCUGCCCGUGUGCCCAUGCCUGAGCAGAACACAGACAGCGGCAUGGACCUGGAGUCCAGCGGGGAGUUUGCCAGCGUGGAGAAGAUGCUAGCCACCACCGACGCUAACAAGUUCAGCACCUACCUGCGGACGGGGGCGGCGGAGCUUGGAAGGAGGGACGAGGGGAGACAGAGCCCGGGAGAGGAGAAGGAGGAGAAAGAGUCGCCUCCUCAGUCUGUGCCGCCCCAGUCCAAAGGAGGGAAGAAGAAUGCCUACUCCAACUCAGUGCAGAAGAUGACCUGUCCCUUCUGUCCCCGGGUCUUCCCCUGGGCCAGCUCCCUGCAGAGGCACAUGCUCACACACACAGUCUUCUCUAAUGUGCUGUCGGCUACAGGUCAGAAGCCCUUCCCCUGUCCCAAAUGUGACGCCUUCUUCUCCACCAAGUCCAACUGUGAGCGCCACCUGCUGCGCAAGCACGGCGUGACCAACCGCUCGCUGCGCCGCAACGGCCAAAUGUCCAAGAACAAGGACGGCGACGAGGGUUCACACGACAGUGCUGAGAGUUCUGAGAAUGAGCAGACUGCAGGGGAGGCUCUGGACCUGAGCAGCAUGGACCCCGAUCAGAAAAGCUCUGCAUCCGAGUCGCCCAGCGCAGACCAAACACCAGACACUGCUGAGCUGCUGCUAGGGGAGAUGGAACCGCAACCCAACAACAUUGAAAAUGACGACAACGACGAUUCGCAGAGCAACAAGAGCUUGGACCUCAACUUCGCCAGCAAGCUCAUCGACUUCAAGUUCUCUUCGGAAGGCGAGCAGCCCCAGACCUCUCUGGUCGGAGAGAAGGUGGUAGCGGUGGCCGAGCCGGAGAGAGUGACGGACGCCCAGCAGCAGCAGGACCAAGAGCCCCCCAAGUACACCUGCAAGAGCUGCAAGAAAAACUUCCGCUACGCCGCCACCCUGGCUCGCCACGAGAAGGCACACUUGUGUGAGAGUGCACCCCCCGAAGAGGCUUGUGGAACAGAGGAGAUUAGGCCCGCCACAGAGGAGCUCCCCAACACUACUACAGCCACCACCUUGGAGGAGGAUCAGGAGGAGGGAGAGAAGGAUGCUCCGGAAAGCGAGGGAGCGGGCAGCGUGAUGGACAGCGGUUCAGAGGAGGAGGAGGAGAAGAAGGAGGAGAGAAGUGACGAGGACGGGGGCUCAGCAGAACCAAAGAUUGAAGGAGAGGCGGGUAGAGGGUCGGGGAGCAAGGCAGACAAGAGGAAGAAGAUCUGUAACGUGUGCAGCAAACGCUUCUGGUCACUGCAGGAUCUGACGAGACACAUGCGUUCGCACACAGGUGAGAGGCCCUACAAGUGCCAGACGUGCGAGCGCACCUUCACCCUGAAGCACAGCCUGGUGAGGCACCAGCGGAUCCACCUGAAGCCACGGGGUAGCGAGGGGGCAGAAGAAGCUGAUGCCAACGGGGCAGAGGCCCCGGCCGGAGACUCAGCUAGUGAGGAGGGAGAGUGCACCCCCACCAGCACCUGCCCCCCUUCAGAGAACGAGAGCGAAAGCACCGGAGGGGCCAGGGAGGAGGGAGGCGAGGGAACUGAGAAAGAGGCCCCUCUGCCGGGCCCCAUAUUCCAGGCCCAGUCCCUGUCCACCACUGAACCAGCCCAGUCAGAGUCCGCUACAGAGGCCAUUGCUGAGCCGCUCGUUGAGCCAGUCACGGAAGCAGACUCGGAACCGGCCUCGGAACCAGUCUCUGAAUCCGUUCCUGACCCAUCUGUAGAACAAUCCUCAGACGGCCCCUCUGAAACAGCUGUAGAACUAGACGCUGAGGUAUCAGCCUCUGAAAUGGCUAGAGAAACAGAUGACAAUGCAGCCACUCAACCGCCAACAGAAACCCCCAAAGAAUCUUCCACAGAGUCCCCAGCCCCACAGCCCACUACCCCAGAGAAAGACCCCGAUGGCCCCUCGGAAGGCUUCAUCCAAGGCCUACUGGAGAUCCACACCAAGCCUUCCCUGGAGCACAUCCUACCCGCUGGCGAAGCUCCCUUGGUGGGCGUUGAGUGAGGGAGGCUCCCUCCUCCCUACCCCAGUCUCUGGUUCUCUUUAUGCAGUGGACCACUGUAUGUGCCGCAGUGCCAUAAGAUAGAAGUACUCCUAAAAAAUGCAAGACGAUGAAAUCAAGAAGAAACACCUUGUUUCUAAGUGCCUUACUACUUCUAUUUUGUUUGUUUUUUUGCUAUAUCUUUAUCUACAUUUAUCUAUGGAGGAUCUAAUUUUUUAUAGCGUUUUAUGAUGAUUACAUAAUUGUUUUUGGAUUCUAUGAGAUGAACGUUGAAUAAGCAAUAAAUUAAAUCAAAUUUAACAUGACCGAUUUAUAUUAAAUGAUCAAGUGUGUGACAGAAAAAAAGAACAGUUAUUGUAUAUUUAAACCACAGUCGUACCUUAAAAACAAUGCUGAGACUGAGAAAAGACUGAGUAAGUUCACAAGCAGUGGGGAUAAAGUCACUUAUGUAACUGGAAACACAGCUAUAGCAGAUACCUGUCACAAAGGUGUCCUGAAAAAAGACUGUUGUUCUCUCCCCUUCAUCUUGAUUUACUAUCUCUCUCAUGAUCCCUUAUCCCUGAUAACCAACAUCUACAGUCUCUCUGGUUGUAUUGAGAAUACAUGAAUGAACUGUGACAUAAUUUGGUGUUAGGAGACAGGCAAAUCAAAGAAAACAGACUUGACAAUGGAUAGCGUACCAUAUCUGAGAUCUCUGCUUUUGCGUUUUGUUUUAACAUGCCCCCUUCCCCUAGGCUCUCUUUAUUUGCCAUAGAUGAUAUGGGCAAUAUUUGCCUGAAUAUUUUUUUUUUUUUUUCAGAAUCAUUCUCAUUUAAUUUCAUAUGUGUUGACCAUGUUGCAUGUGGGAGUAUUGUGUGGUUGUGUGUGUGUUAUUCGUUCAGGAGAGGUUGGGGUAUAUAAGGUGUUUGCGGAAAUGUACUAUUCCAGAACAAAAGGGCUUGAUAUGUGUACCCCCCCAUCUCUCACAGUCACCUUCUAGCGUUCUGUACUGUCUGUACUACCACCAGUGUGUCUGGCUUGUGUUGUGUCCACCUCCCCCUUAGUGGCAACUCAUUUCCUUGCGGCUACUUUAGAUGUCUUCCAAAACCAACCGUCACUGUGUUCUUAGAGCCCUACCUGUGGUUCUGCUAGGUUAUUUGGAUGCAGAACUCACCUCGUGCUCUAGGUGGAACACCACUCAGUUUUUUGUCGGUUUUGUCUACUUGAACUUUUGUAGCCCUGCUGCCUCCCUUCAGCCAGCCUCCUAACACCACCCCACUCACCCCUCCUUCCACCACCCCACUCACCCCUCCUUCCACCACCCCACUCGCCCCUCCUUCCACCACCCCACUCGCCCCUCCUUCCACCCCCCAGCCCAGAGCAUCUUUCCGAGGUGGGACUCAAAUGUCAAUCAUGUCACCUUGCCGGGUUGAAGUUUAUCUAAAAGUAUUUCCUUUUUUUCCUGUGUUUUUUCUUCUUUCUUCUCUUUUUAUAUUUUUAAAAAACCUCAGAAGCAAACAAAUCAAACCUCAUGGCGCAGUAAGACGCAGGCAGCAUCGGCUGGCUGGAGGCUGACGGACCGAGAGCAGAGAGCGCUGGACUAGUCAGCCGCCGCCAGACAACUGCCCAUAUGGCACUAACAAAAUACAAACAAACCUACUACGGCAAUCAGAGAGAGAAUGAACUGAAGUGAAUUUCUGAGCUGUGUUUGGAACUUGAACGUAACACAGAGUAUUAAGUGGAGGGGAAAGGAGGGGGUGAUGCGCAUUGACAGGUGGCGAGGCUAGUACUCCAUGCAGAAAGAAGUCUGCCCUCUAGUGGCCGUACCCCAGUAUCGCCCCCAUCCCAACCCUGCUCUCAGGCACAGGGAAAGUAUUGUCAAAAUAGAAUGCUAAAUGCAAUUGUUUUCUAAAAAAAACACUGUGUUAAGGGACUCACUCAACUUAUCUCAUUUGUACCUUUGACCCUGUGUGGGUGUAUGAUUAUGAGUCCCAUAAGAAUGCACAUGGACUGUUUUUAUUGUAUUUAUUUGGAAAUCCGGUGAGGGGUGAAUAGAUGUGACUUGAGGAGAAGCCAUGUAUUAUUACCACAUUGAUGCUGCAGAGAAUAACGGAUUGAAAUCCACAAAAUGGUCGCCCAGCAUCGGCCCGGGACUUCUAUUAGCAAUAAUCACUAUUGAUUCGAAAGCUUUAUGUAGACCUUUGUAUGUGUUUAUAGACUGUGCGUGUCUAUUUUUGUUUUGUUUAUUAUUUUUAGUUUGGCUAAGAUUUUUUGUUUUGUUCUCAGAUAUAUAAAUACGUAUAAAACUGUGAAAUUCAUUGUGUUUCAGAUAAUGGGUGAGUUUUAGGCUUGUUUUUCAUGUAACCCUAAUUUGUUCGAUUAUGGAUGAUUUCUUUUUUUCUCUCCAUCUUGCUCUCAGGGUCUUUAUAAAAUGCAUAUUCAAUACUUCAUUUUCCUGAGUUGCAAGAAGUUCUUACAAGUAAUGAUUUUUUUUUACGAUUAAAACUCAAUCACUACAUUUAGCACUUGACUGUGAACUCAAAUCAGCAGAACAGAGAAAAUGAGCUUGUGCUCAAAUCCUCGUGGUUGAGAGUGUGCUGUCAGCAGCAUUCUUUUUUAAUAGUAUACCCAUAAACAAUGUUUUUCUUUCUUUUUUUUGUCUGAUUUUGAUUGAUUAUACAUUUUUACCCCCUCCCUCACCGUAUCAACCUCUCUCGUUUGACGAGGAUUUAAAUCGUGACUCUGUAAAGACCAAUGAAAGUGGCUGUGUCACUGUCUGACGUUCUGACCCUUUGUUGAAGGGAACUUUGUGUCAAUGCUACGGCCACACCAGAACUCACCCCAUAAAUGGACUUUGAUCAGAACCUUUAACGUUAGCUACACUGCUCCCCUCCCUCCUGGUAUUACAGUGCUUCAGAAUCAGAAAUGUAAGCUGUUCUGUGUCGAAAAAAUUUAAGCAAUAAAGAUAUAUUAAGGAAAGGUGUGAAUCAAACUG